GGGGAGGGUGUAAAUAAAUAAGGCGAGGAACUCAACCAGGGGGAAGAGCGGAACAAACAAAUUACACACACACACCUGAAACCAGCCGACUGCGAGCCUGUUGGUCUUGCGAUUAAGGAGGAUGUGAAUCACUCACUUUGACGGACUGCACUGCACUGAUCAGCAAUCGUGGAGGAAUGUUGGCUUUUCAUAAUAAACCUAUGGGCUAGACCAGAGGCUGGGAGGAAAGAAGACGGUUACCUGCUGCUGCUGUGUCUCUCAUCAGACUGAUGUGAUGGCUCUCCCAUACGGAGCGGGACCCAGAGGCUCGGAAAGAGUGAUUUAGACUCUCUUCUUGGCUGCAGCAUCUUCACGACACCCCUGGAUGUUCUCUUGAUGUUUUGCUGUGGUCUGGGACACUGGCGGAGAGAACAGUCCACCUAUGGUUCGGCGGACCGUCAGGACACAGGGGCCACUGAGGAGAAGGAGAAGAAUGCCCAAGUCCAGCUUGAUAAGGCCAAGUAUAAACCAGUUGCUUUUGCUGUGCGCACAAACUUCACCUACACUCCUGCAGACGAUGACAACGUCCCCAUACCAGGACACGGAGUUUCAUUUGAAGCUAAAGACUUCCUGCAUAUCAAAGAGAAGUUUAACAAUGACUGGUGGAUUGGACGGCCUGUAAAGGAAGGGGGAGAGGUUGGUUUUAUCCCCAGCCCGGUAAACCUGGAGACUAUUCUGAUCAGGAGAGAGGUGCAGGCCAGGAAAGCCGCCAAAGCACUGGCCAACAAAGCAGCUAGUGCUGCCAAAGAUGAUUUGAAUGCAAAGAAAGCGGCUCCGCCACAAACAGUUCAGCAAGUAAAGAAGAAAUCGGGAGAGCAAUUGGCUGCAUAUGAUGUUGUGCCUUCCAUGCGUCCUGUGGUGCUCAUGGGGCCUUCACUUAAGGGCUAUGAGGUUACGGACAUGAUGCAAAAAGCUCUGUUUGAUUAUUUAAAACACAGAUUUGAAGGAAGAAUAACUAUCACCCGAGUGACUGCGGAUAUUGCACUUGCCAAGCGGUCGAUCCUCAACAACCCCAGCAAACACGCCAUAAUGGAUCGCUCCAACACCCGCACCAAUUUAGCUCAAAUCCAAGGAGAGGUUGAGAGGAUUUUUGAGUUAGCACGCAGUCUACAGCUUGUGGUUCUGGAUGCUGACACUAUUAACCACCCUCUUCAACUAAGCAAGACCUCCUUGGCCCCGAUCCUGGUGUAUGUCAAGAUUUCAUCCCCCAAGGUUCUCACAAGAUUGAUAAAGACCAGGGGCAAAUCUCAGACUAAACAUUUGAAUGUCCAGAUGGUGGCUGCAGACAAGCUAGCCCAGUGUCCCAAUGAGAUGUUUGAUGUCAUCUUGGACGAGAACCAGCUGUCAGAUGCCUGUGAACACAUUGCUGAUUACCUGGAGGCCUAUUGGAGAGCCACACACCCUCCGGAAAUGGAGCCUCCAAACCCCAUGCUGGAGAAACUGGCAGAAAACACACUCCCCACCAGCCCCACACCUGCUAAGACUGCCGCCUAUUUUCUGUCAGUUUUAUUUUAAUAAAUAUAUCUGUUUUUAUAAAAAUCACACAAUACAAUUUUAAUCUGUUAAUUAAUCAUGAUAAAAAUAUACAUU